AUGGAGGUCUUGAGAGCAUAUGAAGCUGCAUCCGGACAGUUGGUGAAUAAGAGUAAAUCAGCCAUUUAUAUGCAUCAUUCUACUAGCAUGGAGAUAAUUACAAAGGUGGAAAGGAUCACUGGAAUUGGUAGACAGAAAUUUCCAUUUACGUAUUUAGGAUGUCCUAUUUUUUACGCUAGGAGGAAGAUGAAAUACUAUCAAGGAUUGAUCAAUAAAGUAAUGGAUAAACUGCAAGCAUGGAAGGGUAAAUUGUUAUCCAUAGGUGGUCGAGCAGUGUUGAUCUAUCAUGUGCUUCAAAGCAUGCCCAUUGAUUUACUAUCAGUAGUUAAUCCUCCAAAUAAUGUCAUCAGCAAAUUGCACAAGAUUUUUGCUCAAUUCUUCUAG